AUGACAAGACCCAACAGGCCAAUAUUCUUUCUCAGCUACCCUCGUUCGGCGUCGAACCUCUUUAUCAGGGUUCUCGGGUUAGACGACCAACCAAUGGUUCACAAACAGUUCCCUUUGGCAGCUUAUUUCUUCAUGGGAUCACAUUUUUUCUUGCACGAAGCAGGAAUCCUGACGAAGCCCAUGAAGGAGUGUUCCGAAGCCGAUAAACGCCAGGCGAAGCGACUCCUGCAAGAGGCUUUUGACAAUUUAGACGCGUGUUUGAAAGAGGCCCAAAGCCAGGGGAAAAUCUUUUUCAAUAAGGAGCACACCCAUAUGGUGGUCGAUCCCUACCUCCAUAACAAGCGGAUGUAUGGCGCGGGCGCGGUGGAAGGAGAAGAGCCCUGGGGAUUGCAAGUUCCCAGCGAAUUCGCCGGGGAUGGAGUGGAGUACAACGACACAAUUAUCCCCGACGAAUAUCUACGACAAUGGCAGUCGACCUUUCUUAUUCGACACCCGGCGUUGUCUGCUCCCUCGUAUUUCCGCGCGGUGGCCCACUCGCGACCGCACCUCAGCCAAGACGAGGUCCUGAUUCUGACCAAAUUCGCGAUGGAUUUAAAGCGCAUUCGACGGCUCUUUGAUUGGUUCGAGUCCGACGCCGGAACAUUAACCCCAGUCCUCCUCGACGCUGACGAUGUGAUCCGGCAACCUGAAGUCGUGCGUCGGUACUGUCAAAUGGUGGGACUCGACCCGACGAAGGUGCGUUUUACGUGGACAGCGGGGGAAGAGAUUGACAACAAUUUGGUCCGGGCUACCUUCAUGAGAACGUUAAAGGAGUCAUCCGGAGUGAUAAUGGAAAAGGCACCGGACGUGGUUGAUAUCGAGCAUGAGUGCCAGAAAUGGAAAGAGGAAUUUGGAGAGGAAAUGGGACGAGAGCUCCAAAACUUGGUGGAAGAGGUAGUGCCAGAUUACGAAUAUCUGAAAGCCAAACGAUUGAGGGUAUAA